AAUAUUUCCAUUCCUUUUGGUCCCCAUUUUCAUAACCCCACCCACCCACUCACCCAAAUUCCUUGUUUUCAUCGUAAUUAAAUUAGUAUCCCAUCAAGCUAGCUAGGUAGAGAUAGUAAUGGCUGAAACUCAUAAUUUCUUGCGCUUCUCAACAUUGCUUUUGGUAUUCCAAUUAGGCUUCUCAUGGAGUGAUGUAGCAACCCCACCUCUGCCGAUUCCUCCAUUGCCAUCAUAUUCCCAAUUGAAAUGGCAGCAACGAGAGAUGAUAAUGUUCCUCCAUUUUGGUGUCAACACCUUCACCGAUAGAGAAUGGGGCACCGGGCUGGAAAGCCCGUCUCUAUUCAAUCCAACGGGCCUCAACGCCAACCAAUGGGCCGACACUGCGGCUGAAGCCGGCGUCUCGUUGAUGAUUCUGACGGCCAAGCAUCACGACGGAUUCUGCUUGUGGCCCUCAAAAUACACUGAUCACUCUGUGAUGGGAAGCCCUUGGAAGAAUGGGAGGGGAGAUGUGGUGAGAGAGUUCGUGGAUGCGGCCAAGGCCCGCGGAAUCGAUUCGGGCCUUUACCUUUCGCCAUGGGAUCGCCAUGAUCCUAGAUAUGGACAUGAUAAGCUCUACAAUGAGUAUUAUUUGGCUCAGUUGCAAGAACUUCUCAACAGAUAUGGCGAUGUGAGAGAGAUAUGGUUCGAUGGAGCAAAAGGUUCGAAUGCAAAAAACAUGAGGUAUUACUUCAAGGAUUGGUUUUCGAUGGUGAGGGAGCUGCAGAGCAGCAUAAAUAUAUUCUCCGACGCCGGCCCCGACGUCCGGUGGGUCGGAGAUGAGAAAGGAUACGCCGGGAGCACAUGCUGGUCCACCAUUAAUGCCACAUCUCUAUCAAUUGGCAACGCUACCAUUAUUAGUUAUCUCAACACCGGCGACUCAAAAGGGACAGACUGGCUGCCUGCGGAAUGCGACGUCUCCAUUAGAACAGGUUGGUUUUGGCACAAAUCAGAAGCACCAAAAAGGCUAAGUGAACUACUCGAGAUCUACUACAAAUCCGUCGGUAGAAAUUGCGUUCUACUAAUCAACGUCCCACCAAACACAACCGGUUUGAUAUCCAAAGCCGACGUCCAAAGAUUGAAGCAAUUUAGAGAUGCUAUUGACACCAUCUUUUCCUCAAAUUUGGCCCAAACAUGCUUGGUCGAAGCGAGUAGCCAACGAGGUGGUGAGAAUGGAGGUUUCGAGGCGAAGAACGUGGUGGACGACGACCAUUUGUGGACGUAUUGGGCUCCCACUGAGAAGCAGAAGAAAGAUUAUUGGAUUGAGUUCAAAGCAAGAAAUGGAAAGAUCAAGUUUAAUGUGAUUAGGAUACAAGAAGCUAUUGGAUUAGGGCAGAGGGUGAAGAAACAUGAAGUUUACGUAGAUGGGAAUAGGGUUGCUAAAGGAACUACGAUAGGACACAAGAGGCUUCAUCGAUUGGAAAUAGGAGUUGUGCAUGCAUUUAGUGUUAGGAUCAAGAUUUUGAAAGCAAAGGGACUUCCUUUGAUCUCUUCUGUUGGCCUGCAUUUUGAUCCCUUUUGGAAUCCUAAUAAAGGGAUUACUCAAAGUGGGUCCAUUAUUAAUUGAUUACCACUUUAUCUGCAUUGGAUUUAAUCCCUAGGAUUUUUACAUUUUGUGCUCCUACACAAUGUGAAAAAUUCAUGGACGGAGUGAUAUAUGUGCUGAACGUUGUUGAGUUACCACUUCUCAAUGAAGAAUAUUCCUAUA